UAUGGCUCUGCCUGCUUUACAUAUCUGUUGACUCAGGGUAGAGGUAUGGCUCUGCCUGCUUUACAUAUCUGUUGACUCAGGAUAGAGGUAUGGCUCUGCCUGCUUUACAUAUCUGUUGACUCAGGGAAGAGGUAUGGCUCUGCCUGCUUUACAUAUCUGUUGACUCUCCUUUUGGGUAGGGCCCUGGGGUCUCCUUUUGGGUAGAGUCCUGGGGUCUCCUUUUGGGUAGGGCCCUGGGGUCUCCUUUUGGGUAGGGCCCUGGGGUCUCCUUUUGGGUAGGGCCCUGGGGUCUCCUUUUGGGUAGAGUCCUGGGGUUUCCUUUUGGGUAGGGCCCUGGGGUCUCCUUUUGGGUAGAGUCCUGGGGUCUCCUUUUGGGUAGGAGCAGGGUUCUUCCAAAUCCUCUCCUCACCCCCUUCAGCUUCACUGAUUGGAAGAGACUUGACAGGUGAAGUGAAUAUGGUGGUAGAUCAUCAUUAAGGUGGCCUUCACCUGGGCACUUCUGUCAGAUCAGUAGUGAAGGAGGAGACAUCAUUAUUUAGAGAUUUGACAAAGAUCCUGUGUUGUUCACAGAUUAGUCCUAGUCUAUUCUGGUGUUUGACACAGAUCCUGUGUUCUUCACAGAUUAGUCCUAGUCUAUUCUGGUGUUUGACAAAGAUCCUGUGUUGUUCACAGAUUAGUCCUAGUCUAUUCUGGUGUUUGACAAAGAUCCUGUGUUCUUCACAGAUUAAUCCUAGUCUAUUCUGGUGUUUGACAAAGAUCCUGUGUUUCUUCACAGAUUAGUCCUAGUCUAUUCUGGUGUUUGACACAGAUCCUGUGUUGUUCACAGAUUAGUCCUAGUCUAUUCUGGUGUUUGACACAGAUCCUGUGUUGUUCACAGAUUAGUUCUAGUCUAUUCUGCUGUUUCUAACUUUCUAUCUGUAUUAUCCUAGUGGGCACGUGAUCAUCACACCAUGUGACCGUCUCCAUUGAAAGAAAAGGAAUGCCGCAGUUGUCACGAAGAGGAAGAGGCUGUUAUUGUUAACGGUUGGAACCGAACCGAACGGACGUGAUUCAGAUGAAGAACCGGGGCGAUCCUCCGCAGCACAAUAUCCGUUAGAUUGACGGAAUAAUACGGAGUUAGACACAGAACGUAAAAUGCGACCGUUAUUACCGUGAGACAGGUCUCCUGUGGUGCUGUUCCCGGUAGCGGCAUGGUCUACGCCCAAUCAACAGACACCAUCAAGCCCUCCCUCCUGCCCCUCCUCUCCCCCUCCUUUACCCUCCCCAUGACCUUUAACCUCUCAGACAGGGGCAACACCAGUUCAGCGACACCCUCCAUCUGGAACCACGACGCCCUCUCCUCCUCCUCUUCCUCCUCCGGCCUCCAGAACACCACCCAGGUGUGGUAUGAACUCACCCCAGCGGAGGUGGCUGUUCUGGGGCUGGUGUUCAGUCUCCUGUGGUUGGUGUCCAUCCUGGGUAAUGUUCUAGUGUGUAUAGUGAUCCACCGUAGCAGAAGGAGUCAGUCCACUACGAACUACUUUGUGGUGUCCAUGGCCUGUGCCGACCUGUUGCUGUCCCUGGGCUGUGCUCCCUUCAUCCUCCUCCAGGUGACCUGCGGGGGCUGGCCUCUCAGCGCUGCCGCCUGUAAGGCUGUCCGUUACCUGCAGCACCUGUGUCCUGGUGUCCAGGUGUAUGUUCUGCUGUCCAUCUGUGUGGACCGGUUCUACACCAUUGUGUACCCACUGAGCUUCAAGGUGUCCAGGGAGAAAGCGAAGAGGAUGAUUCUGGCCUCCUGGAUGUUGGACGCCGCUUUCGUCUCUCCCUGUCUUUUCUUCUACGGCUCGGAGGCGGGGGACGGGGGAGGGCACUGUGACUUCUUCCUGCCGGCGGGAAGCUGGGAUGGCGUUCUGUAUGGUUCCGUCCACCUGCUCCUGGGGUUCCUGGUCCCAGCUGUCCUCAUCGUGUGGUUCUACCAGCGUGUGGUCCACUACAUCUGGAGGAUCGGCGCCGACGGACACACGGUCAGGAGAACCAUGAACAUCGUCCCCAGGACUAAAGUGAAGACCAUCAAGAUGUUUCUCAUGCUGAACGUGGUGUUCCUCCUCACCUGGACUCCCUUCUACGUGGUCCAGGUGUGGCACCCUAGUGAGGCCCCGGGCCCCAGCAGACAGGGGGCUCUGGUGUUCUGCUGUGUGGUCUGGGUGUCGUUCAGCUCCGCCGCCUCGAAACCCUCGCUCUAUUCCGUCUACAACGCUAACUUCAGACGCGGCAUGAGGGAGACCUUCUGCACGUCCUCUAUGAAGUGUUACCGUAGCAACGCCUACACCAUCACCGCCAGCUCCCGCAUGGCCAAGAGUAACUACGUGGGCGUGGUGGAUAUCCCCGUGGCGACCAAGACGACGCUCACCAAAGACUCCGUCUACGACACGUUUGACCGCGAGGCCAAGGAGAAGAAGCUGGCCUGGCCAAUCAGAGCCAACCCUCCCAACACCUUCGUCUGACGGGAGGGGAGGGAGACGGGGUUUAACUAUCAAUCAGAGCCGACCCUCCCAACACCUUCGUCUGACGGGAGGGGAGGGAGACGGGGUUUAACUAUCAAUCAGAGCCGACCCUCC